CGCCCAGCCUGCAGCCCCCUCCUCCUAUUCCCCGACCUCAGCCCGCGCCCCUCGGGCCUCGACAUCAUGGGUGACGGAGGAGAGGGAGAGGAUGAGGUCCAGUUUCUGCGCACGGACGACGAAGUGGUCCUUCAGUGCAGUGCCACGGUGCUCAAGGAGCAGCUGAAGCUCUGCCUGGCUGCCGAGGGCUUCGGCAACCGCCUCUGCUUCUUGGAGCCCACCAGCAAUGCCCAGAAUGUGCCCCCCGAUCUGGCCAUCUGUUGCUUCGUCCUGGAGCAGUCCCUGUCAGUCCGAGCCCUGCAGGAGAUGCUGGCCAACACCGUGGAGGCUGGCGUGGAGUCGUCCCAGGGCGGGGGCCACAGGACACUCCUGUACGGCCAUGCCAUCCUGCUGCGGCACACACACAGCGGCAUGUACUUGAGCUGCCUUACCACCUCCCGCUCCGUGACUGACAAGCUGGCCUUCGACGUGGGACUGCAGGAAGAUGCCACAGGAGAGGCCUGUUGGUGGACGAUGCACCCGGCCUCCAAGCAGAGGUCGGAAGGAGAGAAGGUCCGCGUUGGGGAUGACCUCAUCCUCGUUAGUGUCUCCUCAGAGCGUUACCUGCACCUGUCCACGGCCAGUGGGGAGCUCCAGGUUGAUGCCUCCUUCAUGCAGACCCUGUGGAAUAUGAACCCCAUCUGCUCCGGCUGUGAAGAGGGCUACGUGACCGGGGGUCACGUCCUCCGUCUCUUUCACGGGCACAUGGAUGAAUGUCUGACCAUUUCCCCCGCCGACAGUGAGGACCAGCGCAGACUUGUCCACUAUGAAGGGGGAGCUGUGUGCACCCACGCCCGCUCCCUCUGGAGACUGGAGCCAUUGAGAAUCAGCUGGAGUGGGAGCCACCUGCGCUGGGGCCAGCCACUCCGUAUCCGGCACGUCACCACUGGGCGGUACCUGGCGCUCACUGAGGACCAGGGCCUGGUGGUGGUUGAUGACAGCAAGGCCCACACCAAGGCCACCUCCUUCUGCUUCCGCAUCUCCAAGGAGAAGCUGGAUAUGGCCCCCAAGCGGGACGUGGACGGCAUGGGUCCCCCUGAGAUCAAGUAUGGGGAGUCACUGUGCUUCGUGCAGCACGUGGCCUCUGGCCUGUGGCUCACCUAUGCUGCCCCAGACCCCAAGGCCCUGCGGCUUGGUGUGCUCAAGAAGAAGGCCAUGCUGCACCAGGAAGGCCACAUGGACGAUGCAUUGUCACUGACCCGCUGCCAGCAGGAGGAGUCCCAGGCUGCCCGCAUGAUUUACAGCACUGCUGGCCUGUACAACCAGUUCAUCAAGGGCCUGGACAGCUUCAGCGGGAAGCCGCGGGGCUCGGGGCCGCCAGCUGGCACAGCGCUGCCCAUCGAGGGUGUCAUCCUGAGCCUGCAGGACCUCAUCGGCUACUUCGAGCCGCCCUCCGAGGAGCUGCAGCACGAGGAGAAGCAGAGCAAGCUACGCAGCCUGCGCAACCGCCAGAGCCUCUUCCAGGAGGAGGGGAUGCUCUCCUUGGUCCUGAACUGCAUUGACCGCCUGAAUGUCUACAACACUGCUGCCCACUUCGCCGAAUUUGCGGGGGAGGAGGCAGCUGAGUCUUGGAAAGAGAUUGUGAACCUGCUCUAUGAACUCCUGGCCUCCCUGAUCCGUGGCAAUCGUACCAACUGUGCCCUCUUCUCCACCAACCUGGACUGGCUGGUCAGCAAGCUGGAUCGGCUGGAGGCCUCCUCUGGGAUCCUGGAGGUGCUGUACUGUGUCCUGAUUGAGAGUCCUGAGGUGCUGAACAUCAUCCAAGAGAACCACAUCAAGUCCAUCAUCUCCCUCCUGGACAAGCACGGAAGGAACCACAAGGUACUAGAUGUGCUGUGUUCCCUGUGUGUGUGCAAUGGCGUGGCCGUGCGCUCCAACCAAGAUCUCAUUACUGAGAACUUGCUCCCUGGCCGAGAGCUUUUGCUGCAGACAGACCUCAUCAACUAUGUCACCAGCAUCCGCCCAAACAUCUUUGUGGGCCGAGCAGAGGGCACCACGCAGUAUGGCAAAUGGUACUUUGAGGUGAUGGUGGACGAGGUGGCUCCAUUCCUGACAGCUCAGGCCACCCACCUGCGGGUGGGCUGGGCCCUCACUGAGGGCUACAGCCCCUACCCAGGGGGCGGCGAGGGCUGGGGCGGCAAUGGGGUCGGCGACGACCUCUAUUCCUACGGCUUUGAUGGGCUGCAUCUCUGGACAGGACACGUGGCACGCCUGGUGACUUCCCCAGGGCAGCACCUCCUGGCCCCAGAGGACGUGGUCAGCUGCUGCCUGGACCUCAGUGUGCCAUCCAUCUCCUUCCGCAUCAAUGGCUGUCCUGUGCAGGGCGUCUUUGAGGCCUUCAACUUGGAUGGGCUCUUCUUCCCUGUCGUCAGCUUCUCGGCUGGUGUCAAGGUGCGGUUCCUGCUCGGUGGCCGCCAUGGUGAAUUCAAGUUCCUCCCUCCACCUGGCUAUGCCCCAUGCCACGAGGCUGUGCUCCCUCGAGAGCGACUUCAUCUGGAGCCCAUCAAGGAGUAUCGGCGGGAGGGGCCUCGGGGGCCCCACCUGGUGGGCCCCAGCCGCUGCCUCUCACACACCGACUUUGUGCCCUGCCCUGUGGACACGGUCCAGAUUGUCCUGCCUCCCCAUCUGGAGCGUAUUCGGGAGAAGCUGGCAGAGAACAUCCACGAACUCUGGGCGCUGACUCGCAUUGAGCAGGGCUGGACCUACGGCCCGGUUCGGGAUGACAACAAGAGGCUGCACCCGUGUCUUGUGGACUUCCACAGCCUACCAGAGCCCGAGAGGAAUUACAACCUGCAGAUGUCGGGGGAGACGCUCAAGACUCUGCUGGCACUGGGCUGCCACGUGGGCAUGGCGGAUGAGAAGGCAGAAGACAACCUGAAGAAGACCAAACUCCCCAAGACGUACAUGAUGAGCAAUGGGUACAAGCCGGCACCGCUAGACCUGAGCCACGUGCGGCUGACACCGGCGCAGAUGACGCUGGUGGACCGGCUGGCGGAGAAUGGGCACAAUGUGUGGGCACGAGACCGCGUGGCCCAGGGCUGGAGCUACAGUGCCGUGCAGGACAUCCCAGCACGCCGCAACCCUCGCCUUGUGCCCUACCGCCUGCUGGACGAGGCCACCAAGCGCAGUAACCGGGACAGCCUCUGCCAGGCCGUGCGCACGCUGCUGGGCUAUGGCUACAACAUCGAGCCGCCUGACCAGGAGCCCAGUCUGGUGGAGAGCCAGUCUCGCUGGGACCGGGUGCGCAUCUUCCGGGCAGAGAAAUCCUAUGUGGUGCAGAGCGGACGCUGGUACUUUGAGUUCGAAGCAGUCACCACGGGUGAGAUGCGAGUGGGCUGGGCGAGGCCCGACCUGCGGCCUGACGUGGAGCUGGGAGCUGAUGAGCUGGCCUAUGUCUUCAAUGGGCACCGCGGCCAGCGCUGGCACUUGGGCAGUGAACCAUUUGGGCGUCCGUGGCAGCCGGGUGAUGUCGUGGGCUGCAUGAUCGACCUCACAGAGAACACCAUUAUCUUCACCCUCAAUGGCGAGGUCCUCAUGUCUGAUUCGGGCUCUGAGACAGCCUUCCGGGAAAUCGAGAUUGGGGAUGGCUUCCUGCCUGUCUGCAGCUUGGGACCUGGCCAGGUGGGUCACCUGAACCUGGGCCAGGACGUGAGCUCCCUGCGGUUCUUUGCCAUCUGUGGCCUCCAGGAAGGCUUUGAGCCAUUUGCCAUCAACAUGCAGCGCCCAGUCACCACCUGGUUCAGCAAAAGCCUUCCCCAAUUUGAGGCUGUGCCCCUUGAGCACCCCCACUAUGAGGUGACCCGCGUGGAUGGCACCGUGGACACGCCGCCCUGCCUGCGCCUGAGUCACCGCACCUGGGGCUCCCAGAACAGUCUCGUGGAGAUGAUCUUUCUCCGGCUGAGCCUUCCAGUCCAGUUCCACCAGCACUUUCGGUGCACCGCAGGGGCCACCCCCCUAGCGCCCCCCGGCCUGCAGCCCCCCGCCGAGGAUGAAGCCCGGGCGGCGGAACCCGACCCCGACUAUGAAAACCUGCGGCGCUCAGCGGGGCGCUGGGGCGAGCCUGAGGGGGGCAAAGAAGGAAAUGCCAAGGAGGGGGCACCCGGGGGCAAUGCCCAGGCUGGGGUGGAGGCCCAGACUGUCAGGGUGGAGAACGAGAAGGAUGCUACCACAGAGAAGAACAAGAAGAGAGGGUUCUUAUUCAAGGCCAAGAAGGCUGCCAUGAUGACCCAACCACCAGCCACUCCCACUCUGCCCCGACUCCCUCGAGAGGUGGUGCCCGCUGACAACCGUGAUGACCCUGAGAUCAUCCUCAAUACCACCACGUACUAUUACUCCGUGAGGGUCUUCGCUGGCCAGGAGCCCAGCUGUGUUUGGGUGGGCUGGGUCACCCCUGACUACCAUCAGCACGACAUGAACUUUGACCUCAGCAAGGUCCGGGCAGUGACCGUGACCAUGGGGGACGAACAAGGCAACGUCCAUAGCAGCCUCAAAUGCAGCAACUGCUACAUGGUGUGGGGCGGGGACUUCGUGAGCUCUGGGCAUCAGGGUCGGAUCAGCCACACAGACCUUGUCAUUGGCUGCCUGGUGGACUUGGCCACUGGCUUGAUGACCUUUACCGCCAAUGGCAAAGAGAGCAACACAUUCUUCCAGGUGGAGCCCAACACGAAGCUGUUUCCUGCCGUCUUUGUCCUGCCCACCCACCAGAACGUCAUCCAGUUUGAGUUGGGGAAACAGAAGAACAUCAUGCCGCUGUCCGCCGCCAUGUUUCUGAGUGAGCGCAAGAACCCGGCCCCACAGUGCCCUCCUCGGCUAGAGGUGCAGAUGCUGAUGCCCAUCUCGUGGAGCCGUAUGCCCAACCACUUCCUGCAGGUGGAAACGCGACGUGCGGGCGAGCGGCUCGGCUGGGCGGUGCAGUGCCAGGAACCGCUGACCAUGAUGGCUUUGCACAUCCCUGAGGAGAACCGAUGCAUGGACAUUCUGGAGCUGUCGGAGCGCCUGGACCUGCAGCGGUUCCACUCUCACACCCUCAGCCUCUACCGCGCCGUGUGCGCUCUGGGCAACAACCGCGUGGCGCAUGCUCUGUGCAGCCAUGUGGACCAGGCGCAGCUGCUGCACGCGCUGGAGGACGCGCACCUGCCCGGCCCGUUGCGGGCCGGCUACUACGACCUCCUCAUCAGCAUCCACCUCGAAAGCGCCUGCCGCAGCCGCCGCUCCAUGCUCUCAGAGUACAUCGUGCCCCUCACGGAGGAGACCCGCGCCAUUACUCUCUUCCCGCCCGGAAAAAGCGCGGAAAAUGGCUCCCGCCGCCACUGCCUGCCUGGCGUUGGAGUCUCCACCUCGCUGAGGCCUCCACACCAUUUCUCACCCCCCUGUUUCGUGGCUGCCCUGCCGGCUGCUGGCGUGGCGGAGGCUCCGGCCCGCCUCAGCCCCAGCAUCCCCCUGGAGGCCCUGCGGGAUAAAGCACUGAGAAUGCUGGGGGAGGCCGUGCGAGAUGGUGGGCAGCACGCACGUGACCCCGUCGGGGGCUCUGUGGAGUUCCAGUUUGUGCCCGUGCUCAAGCUCGUGUCCACCCUGCUGGUGAUGGGCAUCUUUGCCGAUGAAGAUGUGAAACAGAUCUUGAAGAUGAUUGAACCUGAAGUAUUCACUGAGGAAGAAGAGGAAGAGGAAGAGGAGGAAGAAGAAGAGGAAGAUGAAGAGGAGAAGGAGGAGGAUGAGGAGGAAGAGGCACAGGAGAAAGAAGAUGAGGAAAAAGAGGAAGAGGAGACAGCAGAAGGGGAAAAAGAAGAAGGCUUGGAGGAAGGGCUGCUCCAGAUGAAGUUGCCGGAGUCUGUGAAGUUACAGAUGUGCCACCUGCUGGAAUAUUUCUGUGACCAAGAGCUGCAGCACCGUGUGGAAUCCCUAGCAGCCUUUGCGGAGCGCUAUGUGGACAAGCUCCAGGCCAACCAGAGGGACCGCUAUGGCCUCCUCAUGAAAGCCUUCACCAUGUCUGCAGCUGAGACUGCCCGACGUACUCGCGAAUUCCGCUCCCCACCCCAGGAGCAGAUAAACAUGCUACUGCAGUUCAAAGAUGGUGAGGAUGAGGAAGAUUGUCCUCUCCCUGAAGAGGUCCGACAGGAUUUGCUUGAAUUUCAUCAAGACUUGCUGGCACACUGUGGAAUUCAGCUGGAGGGGGAGGAGGAGGAACCAGAGGAAGAGGCCACCCUGGGCAGCCGCCUGAUGAGCCUGUUGGAGAAAGUACGGCUGGUGAAGAAGAAGGAGGAGAAACCUGAGGAGGAGCCACCUGCUGAGGAGAGCAAACCCCAGUCAUUGCAAGAGCUGGUGUCCCACACAGUGGUGCGUUGGGCUCAAGAGGACUUCGUGCAGAGCCCCGAGCUUGUACGGGCCAUGUUCAGCCUCCUGCACCGGCAGUACGACGGGCUCGGGGAGCUGCUGCGUGCCCUGCCCCGGGCAUACACCAUCUCACCAUCAUCCAUGGAGGACACCAUGAGCCUGCUUGAGUGCCUCGGCCAGAUCCGAUCACUGCUUAUCGUGCAGAUGGGUCCCCAGGAGGAAAACCUCAUGAUCCAGAGCAUUGGGAACAUCAUGAACAACAAAGUCUUCUACCAACACCCGAACUUGAUGCGAGCACUGGGCAUGCAUGAGACAGUCAUGGAGGUCAUGGUGAAUGUCCUCGGGGGUGGUGGUGAAUCCAAGGAGAUCCGCUUCCCCAAGAUGGUGACAAGCUGCUGCCGUUUCCUCUGCUACUUCUGUCGCAUCAGCCGGCAGAACCAACGCUCCAUGUUCGACCACCUGAGCUACCUGCUGGAGAACAGUGGCAUCGGCCUGGGCAUGCAGGGCUCCACGCCUCUGGAUGUGGCAGCUGCUUCCGUCAUUGACAACAACGAGCUGGCCCUGGCAUUGCAAGAGCAGGACCUGGAGAAGGUGGUGUCCUACCUGGCGGGUUGUGGCCUUCAGAGCUGCCCCAUGCUCCUGGCCAAAGGGUACCCAGACAUCGGCUGGAACCCGUGUGGUGGUGAGCGCUACCUGGACUUUCUACGCUUCGCUGUCUUCGUCAACGGUGAGAGCGUGGAGGAGAACGCCAACGUGGUGGUGCGGCUGCUCAUCCGCAAGCCCGAGUGCUUCGGGCCUGCCCUGCGGGGUGAGGGCGGCUCGGGGCUGCUGGCCGCCAUCGAAGAAGCCCUUCGCAUCUCCGAGGACCCGGCGCGCGAUGGCCCAGGCGUCCGCAGGGACCGGCGGCGUGAGCACUUCGGCGAAGAGCCCCCGGAGGAGAACCGGGUGCACCUGGGACACGCCAUCAUGUCCUUCUACGCUGCCUUGAUUGACCUGCUAGGACGCUGUGCACCAGAGAUGCACCUAAUCCAAGCCGGCAAGGGAGAGGCCCUGCGGAUCCGUGCCAUCCUGCGCUCCCUCGUGCCCCUGGAAGACCUUGUGGGCAUCAUCAGCCUCCCUCUGCAGAUCCCCACCCUGGGCAAAGAUGGGGCUCUGGUACAGCCAAAGAUGUCGGCAUCCUUCGUGCCAGACCACAAGGCAUCCAUGGUGCUCUUCCUGGACCGAGUGUACGGCAUUGAGAACCAGGACUUCUUGCUGCAUGUGCUGGACGUGGGGUUCCUGCCUGACAUGCGGGCAGCCGCUUCGCUGGACACGGCCACUUUCAGCACCACGGAGAUGGCGCUGGCCCUGAACCGCUACCUGUGCCUGGCGGUGCUGCCGCUCAUCACCAAGUGUGCCCCGCUCUUCGCGGGGACCGAGCACCGCGCCAUCAUGGUGGACUCCAUGCUGCACACGGUGUACCGCCUGUCCCGUGGCCGCUCGCUCACCAAGGCGCAGCGCGACGUCAUCGAGGACUGUCUCAUGGCGCUCUGCAGGUACAUCCGCCCGUCCAUGCUGCAGCACCUGCUGCGGCGCCUGGUGUUCGACGUGCCCAUCCUGAACGAGUUCGCCAAGAUGCCGCUCAAGCUCCUCACCAACCACUAUGAGCGCUGCUGGAAGUACUACUGCCUCCCCACGGGCUGGGCUAACUUCGGGAUCACCUCCGAGGAAGAGCUGCACCUCACUCGCAAACUCUUCUGGGGCAUCUUUGACUCGCUGGCCCAUAAGAAGUAUGAUGCAGAGCUGUACCGCAUGGCUAUGCCUUGUCUGUGCGCCAUCGCAGGGGCCCUGCCCCCCGACUACGUGGACGCCUCAUACUCAUCCAAGACCGAGAAAAAGGCCACGGUGGACGCUGAAGGCAACUUUGAUCCUCGGCCUGUGGAGACCCUCAAUGUGAUCAUCCCAGAGAAGCUGGACUCCUUCAUUAAUAAGUUUGCAGAGUACACGCAUGAGAAGUGGGCCUUCGACAAGACCCAGAACAACUGGUCCUAUGGGGAGAACAUAGAUGAGGAACUGAAGACCCAUCCCAUGCUGAGGCCCUAUAAGACCUUUUCAGAGAAGGACAAAGAGAUUUACCGCUGGCCCAUCAAGGAGUCCUUGAAGGCCAUGAUUGCCUGGGAAUGGACGAUAGAGAAGGCCAGGGAGGGCGAGGAGGAGAAGACAGAGAAGAAGAAAACACGGAAGAUAUCCCAAAGUGCCCAGACUUAUGAUCCGCGAGAAGGCUACAACCCCCAGCCCCCCGACCUCAGCGGAGUUACCCUGUCCCGGGAGCUGCAGGCCAUGGCAGAACAACUGGCGGAAAAUUACCACAACACGUGGGGGCGGAAGAAGAAGCAGGAGCUGGAGGCCAAAGGUGGUGGGACCCACCCCCUGCUGGUCCCCUACGACACACUCACAGCCAAGGAGAAAGCCCGAGAUCGAGAGAAGGCCCAAGAGCUGCUGAAGUUCUUGCAGAUGAACGGCUAUGCUGUCACCAGGCACGUGGCCUGCCAGCCUGGUCAGGGAGGGGUGGGGAAUGUGGGAGGAACUAGCAAGGCAGAAACUGGGAAGAGCUGGGCUGGGGUAACACGGCAGGGCCAGAGAAUAGCCCCCUCUUCCAGGUUGCGGCCGGCCCUCGGGGAGUGCCUGGCUCGCCUGGCAGCAGCUAUGCCAGUGGCGUUCCUGGAGCCCCAGCUGAACGAGUACAAUGCCUGCUCGGUGUACACUACCAAGUCUCCCCGGGAACGGGCCAUCCUGGGGCUCCCCAACAGCGUGGAGGAGAUGUGUCCUGACAUCCCGGUGCUGGAGCGGCUCAUGGCAGACAUCGGGGGCCUGGCUGAGUCGGGAGCCCGCUACACGGAAAUGCCGCACGUCAUCGAGAUCACACUGCCCAUGCUGUGCAGCUACCUGCCCCGCUGGUGGGAACGCGGGCCCGAGGCACCCCCUCCUGCCCUGCCCGCUGGGGCCCCCCCGCCCUGCACGGCUGUCACCUCAGACCACCUCAACUCGCUGCUGGGCAAUAUCCUGCGAAUCAUCGUCAACAACCUGGGCAUUGACGAGGCGACGUGGAUGAAGCGGCUCGCUGUGUUCGCCCAACCCAUUGUGAGCCGGGCCCGGCCUGAGCUCCUGCAUUCACACUUCAUCCCCACCAUCGGGCGCCUGCGCAAGCGAGCAGGGAAGGUGGUGGCCGAGGAGGAGCAGCUGCGCCUGGAGGCCAAGGCCGAGGCCCAGGAGGGCGAGGUCCUGGUGAGGGACGAGUUCUCUGUGCUCUGCAGGGACCUGUACGCCCUCUACCCGCUGCUCAUCCGCUACGUGGACAACAACAGGGCGCACUGGCUGACCGAGCCCAAUCCCAGUGCCGAGGAACUGUUCAGGAUGGUGGCCGAGAUCUUCAUCUACUGGUCCAAGUCCCACAACUUUAAGCGCGAGGAGCAGAACUUUGUGGUCCAGAAUGAGAUCAACAACAUGUCAUUUCUGACUGCUGACAACAAGAGCAAAAUGGCCAAGUCAGGCGGCUCGGACCAGGAGCGCACCAAGAAGAAGCGCCGCGGGGACCGGUACUCUGUACAGACGUCCCUGAUUGUGGCCACGCUCAAGAAGAUGCUGCCCAUCGGCCUGAACAUGUGUGCACCCACGGACCAGGAACUCAUCGCACAGGCCAAGAACCGCUAUGCCCUGAAAGACACAGACGAGGAGGUCCGGGAAUAUUUGCAAAACAACCUUCACCUCCAGGGAAAGGUCGAAGGCUCCCCUUCUUUGCGCUGGCAGAUGGCCCUGUACCGGGGCCUCCCGGGCCGCGAGGAGGAAGCCGAUGACCCCGAGAAAAUCGUGCGCAGAGUCCAGGAAGUGUCUGCGGUGCUCUACCACCUGGAGCAGAUUGAGCACCCCUACAAAUCCAAGAAGGCCGUGUGGCACAAGCUCCUGUCCAAGCAGCGCCGCAGGGCGGUGGUUGCCUGUUUCCGCAUGACCCCCCUGUACAACCUGCCCACGCACCGGGCCUGUAACAUGUUCCUGGAGAGCUACAAGGCCGCGUGGAUCCUGACUGAAGACCACAGUUUUGAAGACCGCAUGAUCGACGACCUUUCAAAAGCUGGGGGGCAGGAGGAGGAGGAGGACGAGGUGGAGGAGAAGAAGCCUGACCCCCUGCAUCAGCUGGUCCUGCACUUCAGCCGCACGGCCCUGACCGAAAAGAGCAAACUGGACGAGGAUUACCUGUACAUGGCGUAUGCCGACAUCAUGGCAAAGAGCUGCCACCUGGAGGAGGGAGGGGAGAAUGGCGAAGCUGAAGAGGAGGAAGUGGAGGUUUCCUUCGAGGAGAAAGAGAUGGAGAAGCAGAGGCUCCUGUACCAGCAGGCGCGGCUGCACAACCGGGGAGCCGCCGAGAUGGUACUCCAGAUGAUCAGCGCCUGCAAAGGAGAGACGGGCGCCAUGGUGUCCUCCACCCUGAAGCUGGGCAUCUCCAUCCUCAAUGGAGGCAAUGCGGAUGUGCAGCAGAAAAUGCUGGAUUAUCUGAAGGACAAGAAGGAAGUGGGCUUCUUCCAGAGUAUCCAGGCACUGAUGCAGACGUGCAGCGUCCUGGAUCUCAACGCCUUCGAGAGACAGAACAAGGCAGAGGGGCUGGGCAUGGUGAACGAGGAUGGAACUGUCAUCAACCGCCAGAACGGAGAGAAGGUCAUGGCAGAUGAUGAAUUCACCCAAGACCUGUUCCGAUUCCUACAAUUGCUCUGCGAGGGGCACAAUAAUGAUUUCCAGAACUACCUACGGACACAAACGGGGAACACAACUACUAUCAACAUUAUCAUCUGCACAGUGGACUACCUUCUGCGGCUGCAGGAGUCCAUCAGCGACUUCUACUGGUACUACUCGGGCAAGGAGGUCAUUGAGGAGCAGGGCAAGAGGAACUUUUCCAAGGCCAUGUCGGUCGCAAAACAGGUGUUCAACAGCCUCACCGAGUACAUCCAGGGCCCCUGCACCGGGAACCAGCAGAGCCUGGCGCACAGCCGCCUCUGGGACGCCGUGGUGGGAUUCCUGCACGUGUUUGCCCACAUGAUGAUGAAGCUCGCUCAGGACUCCAGCCAGAUCGAGCUGCUGAAGGAACUGCUGGACCUACAGAAGGACAUGGUGGUGAUGUUGCUGUCACUACUAGAAGGGAACGUGGUGAACGGCAUGAUUGCCCGGCAGAUGGUGGACAUGCUUGUGGAAUCCUCAUCCAACGUGGAGAUGAUCCUUAAGUUCUUCGACAUGUUCCUGAAACUCAAGGACAUUGUGGGCUCGGAGGCCUUCCAGGACUACGUCACUGAUCCCCGUGGCCUCAUCUCCAAGAAGGACUUCCAGAAGGCUAUGGACAGCCAGAAGCAGUUCACAGGCCCAGAAAUCCAGUUCCUGCUUUCCUGCUCUGAAGCGGAUGAGAAUGAGAUGAUCAACUGUGAGGAGUUCGCCAACCGCUUCCAGGAGCCAGCCCGAGACAUCGGCUUCAACGUGGCAGUGCUGCUCACCAACCUGUCGGAGCACGUGCCCCACGACCCGCGCCUGCGCAACUUCCUCGAGCUGGCGGAGAGCAUCCUCGAGUACUUCCGGCCCUACCUGGGCCGCAUCGAGAUCAUGGGUGCCUCGCGCCGCAUCGAGCGCAUCUACUUCGAGAUCUCGGAGACCAACCGCACCCAGUGGGAGAUGCCCCAGGUCAAGGAGUCCAAGCGGCAGUUCAUCUUCGACGUGGUGAACGAGGGCGGCGAGUCCGAGAAGAUGGAGCUCUUCGUGAGCUUCUGCGAGGACACCAUCUUCGAGAUGCAGAUCGCCGCGCAGAUCUCCGAGCCCGAGGGCGAGCCGGAGGAGGACGAGGACUACGGCGCGGCGGAGGCGGGCGUCGAGGGCGCGGAGGAGGGCGCAGCGGGGACCGAGGGCGCGGCAGGGCCGGCGGCGGCCGGGCUUGACUGCGCCGGCCCUGGAGGCGCCGAAGGGGCCGCUGUCGUGGUGGACGGGGGCCCCUUCCGGCCCGAAGGGGCGGGCGGCCUCGGGGACAUGGGUGACACGACGCCGGUGGAGCCGCCCACGCCCGAGGGUUCCCCCAUCAUCAAGAGGAAGCUGGGGGUGGAUGGAGAGGAAGAGGAGCUGCCUCCAGAACCAGAGCCUGAGCCAGAGCCAGAGCCCGAGCCCGAGAAAGCCGAUGCUGAGAAUGGGGAGAAGGAAGAAGUCCCCGAACCCCCACCAGAGCCCCCCAAGAAGACAGCACCUCCUCCACCCCCUCCAAAGAAGGAGGAGGCUGGAGGCGGGGGCUCGGAAUUCUGGGGAGAACUGGAAGUGCAGAGGGUGAAGUUCUUGAACUACCUCUCCCGGAACUUCUACACCCUGCGGUUCCUUGCCCUCUUCUUGGCCUUUGCCAUCAACUUCAUCUUGCUGUUUUAUAAGGUCUCAGACUCUCCACCAGGGGAGGACGACAUGGAGGGCUCAGCAGCCGGGGACCUGUCAGGUGCGGGGUCUGGCGGCGGCUCUGGCUGGGGCUCGGGGGCCGGCGAGGAAGCGGAGGGCGACGAGGACGAGAACAUGGUGUACUACUUCCUGGAGGAGAGCACGGGCUACAUGGAGCCUGCCUUGCGUUGCUUGAGCCUGCUGCAUACGCUGGUGGCCUUCCUCUGCAUCAUCGGCUACAACUGCCUCAAGGUGCCCCUGGUGAUCUUUAAACGGGAGAAGGAGCUGGCCCGGAAGCUGGAGUUUGACGGCCUCUACAUCACGGAGCAGCCUGAGGAUGACGAUGUGAAGGGCCAGUGGGACCGGCUGGUGCUCAACACGCCGUCUUUCCCCAGCAACUACUGGGACAAGUUUGUCAAGCGAAAGGUCCUGGACAAGCACGGAGACAUCUAUGGGCGGGAACGGAUCGCCGAGCUGUUGGGCAUGGAUCUGGCCACCCUGGAGAUCACAGCCCACAAUGAGCGAAAGCCCGAACCACCACCGGGGCUGCUCACCUGGCUCAUGUCCAUUGAUGUCAAGUACCAGAUCUGGAAGUUCGGGGUCAUCUUCACAGACAAUUCUUUCCUGUACCUGGGCUGGUACAUGGUGAUGUCCCUCCUGGGACACUACAACAACUUCUUCUUUGCUGCCCACCUCCUGGACAUCGCCAUGGGGGUCAAGACGCUGCGCACCAUCCUCUCCUCCGUCACCCAUAAUGGGAAACAGCUGGUGAUGACCGUGGGCCUCCUGGCGGUGGUGGUCUACCUGUACACCGUGGUGGCCUUCAACUUCUUCCGCAAGUUCUACAACAAGAGUGAGGAUGAGGACGAGCCUGACAUGAAGUGUGACGACAUGAUGACGUGUUACCUGUUUCACAUGUACGUGGGUGUCCGAGCUGGUGGGGGCAUCGGGGAUGAGAUUGAGGACCCAGCAGGCGAUGAAUACGAGCUGUACCGAGUGGUCUUCGACAUCACCUUCUUCUUCUUUGUCAUCGUCAUUCUGCUGGCCAUCAUCCAGGGUCUGAUCAUUGACGCUUUUGGCGAGCUCCGAGACCAACAAGAGCAAGUGAAGGAAGAUAUGGAGACCAAGUGCUUCAUCUGCGGCAUCGGCAGCGAUUACUUUGAUACGACGCCGCACGGGUUCGAGACCCACACGCUAGAGGAGCACAACCUGGCCAAUUACAUGUUUUUCCUGAUGUAUCUGAUAAAUAAGGACGAGACAGAACACACGGGCCAGGAGUCUUAUGUCUGGAAGAUGUACCAAGAGAGAUGUUGGGAUUUCUUCCCAGCUGGCGAUUGUUUCCGCAAGCAGUACGAGGACCAGCUUAGCUGAGACACCCCCAGCUGGCCCUUCACCCCCACCUCAAGUGCCUUAUUCUCACAAGUCCCUUAGCCCCAAAACCCUCCCCCAAAGGCAGCUGGAGGACUGGUGACCAUGUACUGGAGAAAUAAAGACUGUGCUAUAUACCCCUGACGUCAUUGUGUUGGGUUCUUG